UAAUUCCAGGAUAAUGUACCACAAAGCAGAAUGUUAUAUAUUUACACUCAAUAUAAAAAAGGUAUAAUAUACAAAAAAUUGCGAGAUUUACGGUGAUAAAUAAGGCGGAAACGCGUCAUCACAGUCUGUGAAAAAUGUCUAUACCAUACCAGCUAUAGUGCAGGCCGCGUGCUCGCAGCGCUCUUGAUUCAGCGGAAACGCGCCCUACACGCGCUCGUGUGGCCGCGCGACACCUACCGAAGCUAACAGCUAACAGCUAAACACCUCACCGUUAAAACGUCUCACUGUCAUCUUCACCUCCAGCCAAUGAGUGAUCAUGUCUGGGAUGAAAAGAAAAAUAGAGGACAAAGAUCCUGAUUAUGAGGACAUCACUCAAGUGCAGGAGAACAAGAGGAGUAAAGUUGUGGAGCAGAAUGCCCGUGAUGCUGCAGUGCAGAAGAUUGAAGCCAUCAUCAAGGAUCAGUUUGCUCUGGAGAUGAAGAGCAAGGAGCAUGAGAUUGAGGUUAUCGGACAGAGGCUGAAUGAGGCUAGGAGAAUGAUGGACAAGCUCAGAGCCUGUAUUGUGGCAAACUACUAUGCCAAUGCUGGUCAGCCUAAAGUUCUUGAGGCAUCUAAGAGUGACCUAUCUGUGCUGAAUCACCCUGCCAUAAAGCGCUUUCUGGAGUACCCCUCACGCUCCUCGUCUCCACUGAAUCAAAACUCGGAGACACCGUCACAGGUCCAGUCCGAGAGUGAGUCCCUCAGCCUGCAUGGAGAGACUGGAGAGAAAGAGACAGACAGCGGGAGAGAGGAUGGCCCUCCACGUGAACUGCGACCCGGCAGGAACACGGGAAAGGACACAUUUGGUGUGCCUUCGUCCGUAGAACAGCAUGUGACUUACCACACUACAGGAGAAGAGGCCUCGCGACUCUACGUUAAGAAAACCAUCGUUGUGGGCAACGUCUCUAAGUAUAUUGCCCCUGAUAAGCGUGAGGAGAAUGAUCAGUCCACUCAUAAAUGGAUGGUGUAUGUUCGAGGUUCUCGGAAAGAGCCCAGUAUUGAUCAUUUCGUAAAGAAGGUCUGGUUCUUCCUGCAUCCCAGCUAUAAGCCCAAUGACCUUGUGGAGGUCAGUGAGCCACCAUUCCACCUGACACGUCGUGGAUGGGGAGAGUUUCCUGUCCGGGUCCAGAUCCACUUUAAAGACCAACGGAACAAACGUAUUGAUAUCAUCCACCACUUGAAGCUGGACAGAACAUACACAGGUUUACAGACUCUGGGAGCUGAAACGGUGGUGGAUGUCGAGCUCCACAGAAACUCACUGGGCGAUGACUUCAUCCCCUCUGCCCCCUCAUCUUCAUCAUCCUCUGCCUCCUCUCAUCUGCCGUUUGUGGGCGGGGCUGGCUCCUCCACAGCUAGCCAGGCCACUCGGCGGCCCAUCUCUCCCUCCCAGCACUCUCCUAAUGAUCAACCCUGCACAGAGAGAGUUCCUGGUGUCACUGUCAAGAGUGAGUCUGUGCGUUCUUCAUGUUCUGAACGGACCACGUCACAGUCUAGUAGGUCAGAGAAAAUCACCCUUGGUUCCCACGGAAACUCUGCAUUUCAGCCCAUCACGGCCAGCUGUAAGAUCAUUCCACAAGGGCAAGUGCCAAGUCCCGCCGAGUCACCCGGGAAAUCAUUCCAGCCAAUCACGAUGAGCUGCAAAAUUGUGUCAGGCUCUCCUAUCUCCACUCCUAGUCACUCUCCUCUCCCCCGAAUGUCCUCAUCCACCCCAGUACACAUGAAGUCCAGCCCGUCAGUCAUCAACAACCCCUACAUCAUUGUGGACAAGCCAGGCCAAGUCAUUAAUAUGGCUGCAGCUGCAGGCAGUCCAGCAGGCAAGCAGACCAGUGCAGCUCAUGGUGCUCGGUCACCUGCCCCUAAAGUACACACCAGCUGCUUCCUGUCCUCCGGUGUCAAGGUGAUAAUCAAACAAGAACCUGGUGAGGUACCCACACAGCCAUCGCCACAGCAACAGGUCGCCUCCACAGCAACAUCCCAGCAGCAACAACAGUAUGUGACAAUGAAGGGGGGUCACAUGAUUGCAAUGUCACCGCAAAAACAGAGUGGGGCAGGGGCUGGAGGAGGGUCCACACCCAGCAAGGUGUUGGGGAUUCCGCUGGGCUCUGCAGUCAAACAGGUCUCCAUGAGCAGUGGACAGAUCUUGGUUGCUAAGUCCAGCCCCUCUGUGUCCAAGGUGAUGGGGCAAAAGCAGGUGGUAGCGCAGGGCGUCGCUAAGGCGAUCGUCAGUGGCGGAGGCAGCAGUACAAGCAGCAUUGUGGGACAGCAGGUGCAUGCUGUUACCAAGGCAACCAGCGGGUCUGGCGGAAGUGGCAAGAGCGGAGUAAUGGCCACCCUCCAACUGCCAGCUAAUAACUUGGCAAACCUAGCCAAUCUGCCACCUGGCACCAAACUCUACCUGACCACCAACAGCAAGAACCCAUCAGGCAAAGGAAAACUUCUGCUGAUCCCACAGGGAGCUAUUUUGAGAGCCUCUCAUGGUGCAGGUCAGCAGUCUCAGAGUUCUGGUUCUGGAGGGUCUCAGUCCUCCAGUGGGUCAUCAGGGUCUGGCAGCCUCCCUUCCAAUUUAUCCUACACUUCAUAUAUCCUCAAACAGACCCCACAGGGCACAUUUUUGGUUGGUCAGCCAGGGAGCUCUGGGAAACAAGGCUCUACUGGUCAUGUGGCAUCUAGUCCUGCAUCCAGUACCCAACAGGCUAUUCGGGUCACAGCAGGACAGAAGGCAGCCAUUUUGGCUCAGGUGGUGGGCGGGUCACAAGGUUCUCAGGUGAAGCUGUCAGAUGGAUCAGUGAAGAUGGUAACAGCUGCUGCGGCUUCUCAUCUGAAUAAACCAGGCACAACCACCUUGAGAAUGACAGGGGGUGUCAUUACAGCUGCCAGCUCCACCCCAACAACACCCAUUGCCACGCCCACCUCUCAGCAGUCAACAGAGGGUGCUGGAGGGUCCUCCUUUCAGCCAUUGCCUCAUACAGUUAAAGCGCAAACGCAACACCCUGUACUUGUAGCUGCCAAUCAAGCUGCGGUGAUCAAUGCUGCCAAGAAUGCCAGCUCUGCCACUAACACAGCGAAGAGUUCUGCUUCUGGCUCUGUUGCCGGAGUCACAGUUACCAAGAGUGUCAACAUGCCUCUCAUCAACCUGUCGAAGGGGGCGGCUGUAGUGGGUGGGUCGAAAAGUGCUAGCCCCUCACUGGUCACUGGAGCCUCGCUGCUUGGGGGAGGCACAGUCAGUGGGAAGACUGCCGCUGCCAUCUCAGGUAUGCUGAAGUUGCACCCGGCACAGUCCAGCUCCCAGCAGACAGUUCUCACCAUACCAGCCAAUCAGCUUAAGCAGCUCAGUGUGGGCAGUAGCUCCUCAGGGCUACAGACCAUCUUGAUGCCUGUCGGUAAAGUAGUACAGUCUGGUUCUAAAGGUGCAUCUACCAAUAUGGCCCCAAUUGGAGCUGCUUCCUUAGCAUCCACACCUGUAGCUCAAGUUAAAACUGAACCUGGGUUGGUCAGCUCCACCUGUACUACCCCAGUACCCCAAACAUCUGCUCCAGCCUCUACAGCGCCCUCUUCUGUUCCCCGGGCACUCACCCCUGUUUCUACAGAUGCAGCUGCUACUAUAAAAGUGGAACAGGGCGCAGAAUCUACGACACAUGAACUUAUCAACACUGAGCACAUAGAGAACAUGACGCAGCUUCUGACGGCCAUAGUGAAGAUAUUCCCUCUGAUCGUCCCUGAGAAAAAUGAGGACUCUCAUCCUUUCUGUGCAACCUCUGUGGAUCAGUACUACUCCUGGAACAUCGGCAAGCGGAGAGCUGCAGAGCUGCAGCGUGCGGUAGCGGUGCGUCGUGUGUGUGCAGAUCUGUUAGAGAGGACGCCUCGCCUGCAGGCUCUCACCCCUCCCAGAACUAAAGAGGUGCUUCGCUGGUGCCGUCUCCGUGGUUACACACCCCCUGACCCUGAACCCCAGCGUACAGAAGAGGACUCCAUAGAGGACAUACUCGCACAGAUAGACAGCGAGCCAGAGUGCAGCUCGACUCUGACGGGCUGUGAGGAGUUGUCUCAGCGUCUGGAGCAACUUCAGAGGAUUCUGAAGGCGGAGCCUGAUGAGGAAAAUUAUGAACUUCUUGACAUCAUCAGUGUGAAAGACAUUGACGCUGCAAAGGUCAAAAUCAAACUGGAACAGGAUGAUACUGAGCAGGAACCCAAGUUUUUCCUGGGACGCUGCCCGUCAACCCAGUUCAUCAGAGACACAGCAGAGCAAAUUGGCGUUACGAUGCAGCAGGUGGAGGUGGAGAAGAAUGUUUUCGCUCCUGUCGUGGAAACCAUGAUUCUUAAGGCCGUGGAGCAGUUUACCAGUGAAAUCCUGAGGGAAUCUUUGGCAAUUGCCCAUGGGAAAUCCCCACAAAACAGAACUCCGAGGGAGAUAUCAGCUAUGGACAUACAUCAAGCCAUCAGUUCUAUUCCCACCUGUGAUUUCCUAACUAACAGGUACAUGGGUGUCAUGGUGAAGGAUAAAGGCAAUGCUGACUAACUUUCACCCUCGACAUUUGACCACAGAAAUACAAACGGAUGGGUGUACUGUCCAAUCGCUCACUGACUUCAUCCCCUCUUAUUGUGCAAGGAUGGAGAAUGGGCAAUAGCUGACCAGUCAUGGGCACAAUUCCCCUCUAACCCUCACAUGUCAUAAAAGAAAUCAGGGAUCACCCACACUUAAUAUUGAGUUAUGGACCCAGGAGAAAAGGGGAUCUUAUCACACAGAUCACAUCACCAAACAGAACAAAGAGCUGUGUUAAUUUCAUAUCACUCCAUUUAUUCAUUAAACCCCAAUAAAUUAUAAUGAAUUCUAUGAUUUUAAAAGACUAAGUCCUUGAAUAUUAUUGUAAACAUCAGCACUACAGUACAGUAUUAAUCUUGAUUUGCAUUGUUCUCUCUGGCUGCAGAUGAUAAGAUAAUGCAGACAGUGCAGUAUGUAACAGAGUGAAACCUCUGUACUUCCAGUAGAGCUGCUCUUUAGAGCACAGAGUUCACUUCCAUUGCUCUGCCACUUUUAUUAAGAUCUUCACUGUACAGACAAAACCCCAGUGAUCACAUGGCCCUAACCCUGUGCUGCCGCUGACACAGAGAUGUUUAUUUUAAGAGUCUUAACAAGAAGUACUGGCAUAAAAUUGAAAUGUUACUCCUGAACCAGCAAUCCAUUAACAAAAAGAUUUUUCGUGUAGCAUGUCUGAAGUCAUUUGCUUUCAUUGUGUUUUAACAGGUCUUAAGAGAUCAACUUAAGUAGAAUUGGGGUGAAAAUUGAGUCAGAAAUUUAAAAAUGACUUGUCAUAGAAUGGUCCGUGUUUAAUACAGUAUAUGCUCAUUCGACAGCAUUUGUAGCAUAGUGUUAAUUACCACAACAAUAAAAAAAUAAAUAUAUAUUAUUUGAUCGUCCCUCGUUUAUUUAAAAAAAUACAAUAAAAUAAUAGAAAUUGCGAUUACAGUAAGGCACUUACAGUGGAAUUGAUUGGGGCCAGUACAUAAACAUUAAAAUACUGUUUCAAAAGUAUAGCCACAAGAUGUAAACAUUGUAAGUGUGAACAUGAUUUUCAGUAUGAAAAGAUCGCUUCCAAAGUUUACCGCUGUUGCAUUGUCAUGGAAACAAAGUAGUAGUAUAUGAUUUAACUAUACACUAAUAAGCUUUGUGAGCAGUUUUAACACUAAAAUCAUGUUAACAUAUAUAAUGUUUACGUCUUGUGGCUAGACUUUUGAAAAAGUGUGUAUUUUUACAUUUUUGUACUGGUCCUAUACAUUUCCAAGUGCCUAACUGUAACUGCAAUUUUUUAGUUUUUUUAAAACGAGUCUAAAUUAUGUUUGUUUUACAUUAAUGCCAACAACUGAUGUUGAUUCAGCUUAACUUGAACCCAGAAAAUUCCUUUAACAAGGGGAAAUAACAUUAAGUCUUAAUCAUGCUGUUUUCUUAUGAAUAAUGUUUGUUUAGCUGUGAGAUAAAUUAAGGACUUAGCUUCGAUCAGUGUGGAUGAAAAGGCUGAUCAUUUUUGUCUUUUUGUACCAUUUUUCAGACAUUGGGGCAUUAAAGAAUUACUGCAAAUAGGAGGCUUCUAAAAUGCCUCUGGUGUUUUAUGGUGUGUGUGUGAGAGAGAGAGAGAGAGAGAGACAUUUUUCUGGUGUGUGUUUAUGCAUCUACUUUCAGUGUUAGUCAGUUUAACAGUCUAUCUGACUUGUAUUUUCCUUCAUAUUGUGCAUUAGAUAAUGACUAUUCUUGUAUAAUAAAAAAUAAAAAAAAAUUGGUAGAUCUGCCUCUCAGAUCCAUCUGUUAGGAUUUGUUAUUUUAUCUUACUGAAAGUGCAAAUGAAUUUUCACAGCAAACCCAAUUUACAGGAUGAACUUUAGAGGGUUGAGUGCUUAAGCAGAUUUGUGUUUGGGAAAGUCAAUUUUUUUUUUCUUUUUUUUUUCUUGUGUUUCACAAUUUUAGCUAAUCUCAAGCUUAAGGCUCCUGUUAUUCAUUCAUAUGUAGCAGGAAGUGAAGUAUUUAAAAUAUAUGUAUGGGAGUGUGAAUAUUUGGAUUGUCUUUUUAAUGUAAUCACCAUCAACAAUGUGGAAGGAAUUUUAUGAAGGUAAAUUUUAUUUAAACAGUGUUCCCUUAAUUUCUCUCCAGACCAAAAUUGUAAAAUAAAACUUGGACAUCCCUCAUGAGCAAUUCACCUUUGACAUUCACUGACCCAAUUUCAGUAAAAGUGAAAUAAUAUCAAUGUCUAAGUGAAAAGACAAUAAGUUCUUUAUAUUUAUAAAGGUCUAGAAGGGUCUGGAGAGAAAACAGCAAUUAAAAGCAUCCAGUCUUCUCAGGCAGGCAUUACAAAUCAAUAAAAGCAGACCAACAUUACUAUGUACAAAAAAUAAUAUGUAAUUAACUAGGAUUGUACAGUACACACCUACACUAUGAACCAUAUUACAUUUUUGCUGAUUUCCCCUGCAUUUUUUUUACAAAUUGCAUAUUCAAACAACUAAUAAAAAUUAUUAAACAUGCAGAUUUUUAUUCAGGAAGGACAUGGCAAAGUCAGCAAAUUUUGAGGCCUGUCUUUUUAGUGAGAACUUUCCCAGUCACUCCUUCACACACACUUUCUCUCUCACACUCUUUCACUCACUUUUAAAGUUGAAGUGUAUUACAAACAUGUACUUUCAGUAGAUGAUUAACAUUUGAAAUAUACAUUCUCUUGCAUAGAUUUACAAUGUGUAAAUUUCAGCAAAAUUCCUUCAGUUCUGUUAUUUCUGCUGUGGAAUGAUUUGGAGACUCAUUAAACUGAUUUUGCUUUUCAAAACUAAA